AUGUAUCAGAAGGAGCAAGGAUUCUUUGAAUUAUUGGAUAUUCCUUCUUCUAACGGGUACAAAUACAUUUGGUAUGCUCCUUCUGGAUAUGCAAUUGGACUGGUAACUGCUUUAGGAGCUGGCAUUUUGACACUCACGCCUCAACCAACACUUUUAUAUCUGGAAAAUGGGGGCAUGCUUGGGAACCUGAGAAAUCGGGUCAUUGAUUUUGAAGCAUGCUAUAAAUGUGAAAGGCGUUUCUUUGAUUUGAAUGUACCCUCUACUUUGGGACCUGCAAUCGUCAUAUCUUGGAUGAGAAAGGAGCUGACAAAGCUGUGGGAAGGAACAACACCAAACAUAAAUGAGAAGGCUAAUUUGACAGAGGUUUGA